GGCACGCCGUGUGCGGGCGGCAUGGCGCGCUCGUGACGUCAUGGGGCGGGGCCGGCGCCUGCUGCGCUUCCGCGACAUGCCGGCGCACCUGCGCUUCAACCCGCACAUCCGCGCCGGCUACCGGCCGCUGCAGGGCGUGCGCGGCUGCCUCGCCAGCCUCUUCUACCUGCACAACGAGACCAUCAACAUCCUCACGCACGGUGCACCAAUCCUGUACAUUAUCGUGUCAUGGCCAGACCUUAUCCCAUGGAAUGAAGUGGACUCAUACUUUUUGUCUUGGUGUCACCUUUUGGGAGCUGGCUGCCCAUGGAUUGGCAGCUUUAUUUAUCAUCUGUUCAUGAAUCUGGAACAUGGGGAGAAAAUAUAUUACCGGCUACUACAACUUGAUAUGCUUGGUAUCUGGAUUAGCCAGAGCAUUGGUGCCCUUCCAGCUAUUUCUGCAUCCACAUAUUGUUUGCCACGACUCUGUCGAUAUGUCAUAGUUUGUUUCUACUGUGUUCUUUCCAUAUGGGGCCUCUACAAGGCACUUACUGCUUGGUCUCCAUGGGAACGAAGGCUCUGUUUUCUGCUCCCCUUUGUGAUGCGCCAGUUUCUGUGCCUGUUACGAAUGUCACCUAUAGGGGGAGGAGAUCCAGCAACAUUGAUACAUGUUAUACUACAGGACUUAGUUUCUGCAAUUGGAGGGAUUAUUGGUGCCCUGCAAAUACCAGAAAAGUGGUUUCCUGGAGCUGUUGAUAUGUGCCUGAAUUCUCACAACAUUAUGCACAUUCUUGUGCUCACAGCAGUGUAUUCAAUGCACAAGUCAAGUAUCAGUGACCUCAUGUGGAUGGCAAAAGGAGGAUGCCAAAGGCACAGCAUGGAUACUGAUAUUCAGACUUCUUCUGACCUGCCUGCCACUGAUGCAGGUGCAGCUGCAGGAUGAAUUAUGAGCAAUUACUGAUACUACUCCAAAGAUGGUAUACAAUGUGGUAACACCAGAUGCAAAAUUUUACAGGGAAGCCUAAUAAACAUGAGUACCUGAUGUUCCACAUAUGGACAAAAGCACCAGGAGAUUUGUAAUAAACGGUGGUUAAUGAAGUAAUCAUCAUAACAGAAAUAUGCUAAGUGAUGAAAUCAGCAUAGCUGAAAUAUUUUCUGCAGUUUCCCAAAACAGCCUUAAUUAAAAUACAUAACAAAUAUUUAUUUUUAUACACCUUCGCUAUCAUUACUACUGAAGUUUUAUUGUUUGAUAAUCUGCUGAUCUUAAUUUCUGGAUGUCAUUGUGCCUCUUUGUAAUUACAGCAGUGAUCUCUCCCUAAGCUGGAUGUUGAACUGCAGCCAUCUGAGCAGGCUGGUGUAACACAGUUGUACUUAGUUUUGUGGCUAACUACAACAAGGCAGCCACCAAGUGUUACAAAAUUUAAAAGAAAACUCUUUCCAAUUUUGCGCUCACAUGAACCUAGUAAAGCAGAUGUUUCAGAUUCCUGGAGAAGAACAAAAUUAACUGUUUCAAAACUAGUGUAAAAAUGAUGGUAGUUCUGCUGUAUCAUUUCAAAACUUUAUGGUAAUCUAUAGAUUGUCAAGCUGAUUAAAAAAUUCCCUCUAUUUCACUUAUGCUAUACUCAUAUAUCAUCAUAUAAAACAAUUGCAUGAAAUGCAAUAGAAAUCAAAGCAUUUGGUGCUGUAUGAGCCAAACUUUUAAAUAUCUGUAAUUCAUAAAAUCAUGGGUCAUAAGCAAUGUAGACACCUCUUGAACAAAGUUGGCAUUCUUUGCUGAGAUAUGCCAACAUUGAUUAUAAAAAUUGCUAAGAACACAGUAGGUACCCAUUAGGUAUAAAGUGAUAUUAAAAUAUGCAUCGCAGCUACUUCUCAGUCUAAAGUGAAAUGUAUUUUUACAUAACUUGGCACCUGAAGUGAUCCUUUACCCCCAAUCAUUUAUGUUGUUACAUACUACAAGUGUGACAACUUAUUUUGCACAACAGGAUAUUAAAUUUUGGCAAGAGUACCUGUGAUUUAAUUUAGCAACAAAGCUACAUGUACUCACUUCGAUAAUGAGUUUUGGGAAUAGUGUUGAAAGCACUUGUUAAUUUCUUACAGAUUAUGCACAGUAAAGAUAAAAUGGUCAUGAAAUAUGUUUGAAGCACUAAAUUUUGUGCUAUCAUUUGCAGCAACAAAACCAACAAGAGAGUAUUAAAUUUGUAGCUAAUGUGAAUAAAGGAAUUAUUCUAGUUAUAUAGUCAUCUUCUAAUGAAGUACUGUGAUCUUGUACUGAUCUAAUAAGUACCUGUUAGAGUUCUAGACAUAAGGCUUGUAACCAGAAAUAAGUAAAUAAUCCUUAAUCACCUACAGCCUGAUGGAAACUUUCCGCCCAACUACAACAUAGUGGGCAUUGCAGAUUACAUGAAUUUUGAAGCACAUGUAAGUUAUAUGCUGCGGGACUAAUAAUCUUCAUCCAGAUAGCAUAGGGAUCACUGAAUUACAGACACUGUUAAUUCAGAAACUGCUUAGCUCUCACAAAAAAUAUGUACUAAGAUUUUAGAAUCUCUCUAAGAUUACACUAAUUUUGUGUAAACUAACUCAGUUUUAUUAAUUCUCCCAUACUUUAUUAGUGAUAUAUAACUGUCUUCUCCACUUAAGUCUCACUUUUUCACCAGCCUUCUUUCAGUGCCCACCGCUUCUCUCUAAAAAUGAAAACAAGAAACAUCUUUUAACAUUUACAAAAGAUGUGCCAUAUUUUCUUAAAACUUAGCUCACAUAGGUAGAAAGAUAACUUCUGUGAAGUAAACUGUAACAAAUACUAUAUGGUCUAAAGUAUAUUGUGUGCAUGGGCGUCCACAGAAAUUUAUGCAAGAGGGGGUAAGAUGGCCAUUGUUUUAUAUCAGAAAACUUGAGAAACUCCUGCUGACUAUUAGCAAAAAUAACCAAAAAACUGCCUUGUUUAUUCAAUUUAGGAACCUUUGUUUGCUUACAAAACUUCACAUCUGGCCAUGUUAAUGCAUUUACUGCAUUACUUUCAUACCUUUCAUUUUUUGAAGUCGACUGAUGUAAUAAACGUCUAAUGAAACAUGUUUUAAAAGCUGUGGGUUUGAAUGAAGUGUAACCCAGUUCCAGCAUUCGAUGAAGUGAAUGUAGGAAACCUCCCAAAACAGUCACAAAAUUCCCAGUACAGUCUACUUUAAGCAGCUUAGGACUGAACCAAGAUAACCUUUGUCCCCUAGCUUGAUGCAGUAUUGUGCUAAUUCACAACUGGACUUCUGAAUUUGUAGCACUAUGACUACCUGUUAUGCUGUGUUCCACCACUAGGGAAGUUGAGAAGGUCCCACUGCUUAAAGUGAAGAUCUUUUUGAUCUUGACUUUCCUCAAUGUUUCCCCUCUUAUGCUGCAGAAAAUGGUAUUUUCUCCUUCCAAAUGGUGCAUUUCAGUCCACAGACGAGUUAAAGAUAAACACAGCAACAGACAACAAGACCGUAAUGUUGAGUGUCUACUACAGUCGCUCUGUGAUUGUGUGACUGAAUGUGGUAUCAGCAUCUAAUGACAGGUCUUUCUUGACCACAGUCAAAUGACAAACUACUGUUGCGUUUAAGAUGGGCAGUAGGAGAAGGGGUCAGCUUUGUGGUAAUUGGGUAUGAAUGUUGUGCAUGUACAUUGCAGCUAUGUUAAUUUUAUGCUAGGUAUAGGCACCGAAAUUAGUGUGCCAGCAUAUUGGAAUGACAUAUUUCUGGAGACCAAUAAUGGCUAUAUGUUGGAAGGGACAGGACAUCAUGGGGACUUCUUAGGCAAUGUUCUGUAAAACUUCACAUUCACUUGAAUGUAGGACAAUGCUGAAAUCACCACUGUGCCAAAGAAUAGGCAUGCUUUCCCAUGAACAGCCUGUGUGAGAAUUCUGUACCCCAGAUUCCAGGAGGGGAUGAGUGAUCCCUUUUGCCUACCAUUCUGGACGCCUACUAUGUUGAAAAAUUUCUUAAGUAGAUUUUAAAAUGGGGACAAACACUGUUACAUAAUAUAGUGUAACCCACAAAUGCAACCAGUGCUACUGAAUAUAACUUUGAAUAAGUUUCGUAUUAUUUUGUUUCUAAAUGAAUGCACCUGACAGAUGUGCACAGUCUUCCACUUCACUUGCUGUUGCCUUCACCUGAACAUUGGAAAAUCAAACACAUUUCAUUUCAAAAUGUGAUUUACAAUGAAGUGUCAAAUAGAGUAAAAAGAGAAUUCAAGCUUUUGUAAGAUAUCUUUAGUUAGCUUAGCAAAAAACAAAAGUGUUCUUGAUUUUCACUUAAUUUUUUUCCAGUGACUUGUGGAUCAUGGGUGUCUCUUUCUGUUACAUCAAACUUACAGUUGUACUGUCAGGAUAAAACACAGCAUGUAGGCCUAUAUGACAGUAAAUAUGAUUUUUCCUUUGUAAGAGACUUUUUAAAAUGAAUUUUAUCUGGCACCUAUCAGUAUUUAUUAUAUUUAAAUAAGCAAAUGAUAUAUGUCCAUAUAAAAAAUUAAGUAAUAUGCCAAAUGUGAACACCUGUAUUUUAAGAAAGUGUAUAAGAAAGAAAAAAUGUUAUCAAUUUUGAGAGAUAUAACCAGGAAUUACUUGCCUGGUGAAUUGCUGCAUUUUUAUUGUUACAACAGUUUAUGCUGAACAGUUCACAAUACAUUUUAAUAAAAUUCCUCACUGUAAUUAUUUUGUCUUUUUACAAACAUGGACGAGUAUUGUAAUGAGUGAUUUUAUACAUGACAAGAGAAAAACAAAUAAAAAGU